GACGUGCAAACCCCGAAGGCCCAAACCCCAGUAGGUCUCGCCCCUCCCGAUCCGAACCCAGACCCAAACCAAGCACCGGCGGCGGCUGCAGCGAUGGCGGCGGCGGCGAUGAACACGGACGUGGAGGCAGUCGACUUCGACUCCGACGACGACGAUCUCAUGGACGAGGAGGGUGCCAUCGAACCCUCGCCGGCCCCCGCUCCCCGCCUCCGAUCUACCAUCGCAGGGGGCGGCGGCGGCGACGACGAUGCCCCGCGUAAGACCAAGGGGCGCGGCUUCCGCGAGGACCCUAACUCCUCGUCCGCGCACCGCGACUCGCGGUUAGCUGGCGCAGGCCGCUCAGGCUUCGACGCCCUCGCCUCCGAUGGCGGCCCUGGACCCGUGCGCUCCAUUGAAGGGUGGAUUGUACUGGUUACUGGAGUUCAUGAAGAAGCUCAGGAGGAGGACCUCCAUAAUAUUUUCGGGGAUUAUGGGCAGGUCAAGAACUUGCAUUUGAAUUUGGAUCGCCGGACUGGAUUUGUGAAGGGAUAUGCUCUAAUUGAGUAUGAGAACUUUGAGCAAGCCAAGCGUGCAAUAAGAGAAUCAGACGGAACUGAGCUUCUUUCGCAGAUAAUAAGUGUUGACUGGGCAUUUAGCAGUGGCCCUGUCAAACAGAGAAAUACUCGGAAGAGAUCACCGAGGCCUAAUCGCUCAAGGAGCCCACCAAGGAGAAGAUACCCUUAGGAGCGACGGAAUUGCGAGAAUCAUGGGGAUUCAGUUGUUUGCUUGUCUUAUCGUAAUUUGAUGGCGGCCCUUGUCUCUCUGUACCAAUUUCCGGUAGUAGUUGUAUGGCAUCUCAAGGUCCUUCCUUUGGUGGAUGGAGCCAUGUUUGCUGUUGAAGUUUGGCUUGCCAGUUUGAGACAAUUGUAGCCGUUGAUGUUGGAUCCGUGAUGUGUUGGAUUGGAAUGUUCUUGCCACAAUUAUGCCACAUGCCUGAUGGGUAAUUUGUAUCAUUAUUUCUUCCAUCGUUA